AUGGAUUCGAAUAAUCAUACCAUACAAGACUAUUCUGAUUUUCCAAUGAGUCAUACCAUACAAGACUAUUCUGAUUUUCCAAUGAAUCAUACCACACAAGACUAUUCUGAUUUUCCAAUGAAUAAGACUGAAAAUAGCUUCGCACCUUUACAAGUUCUUGAUAAUCGUGGCAAUGAAAUCAUUCAGCAUACUUUAAUUAAUAAUGACAACGUAGAAAUACCCAAUAUAAAUUUAAACACCUUACAUGAUACUAUUGACACCCUUAAUACUCUUAAUACUGCAACUUCUAUGACUCAAAAUACUAUAUUUGAAUUUUAUUUUCAUUUACCAAAUGAUACACGUAUCUUUCAUGUUACAUAUUCCGAAUUGCAUCCUUCAGAAAACAUUCGACUCUUAAAUAAUAGCAUUAAUCUAUCUCAUAUUCCUGAUUAUCAAUUUCCGCAUCAUUAUAACGUACAGUCUUUGGUCCGACAACAGAUUCAGCAACGAGUUCAGCAACCCUUUGAUAUUAUGAGAUCUCAACCUACUCCCCAAGUGUAUUUGGAGACGACUUCAACUGGGAAUAUUUUUGAUAAUAUGCAAGAUAUGGUAUAUGACGGAGUUCCUAAUGAUCAGAAUAAUCCCUGA